CCCCUCCCGCUUAAGCCUCGCGAGAGCCGGAGGCCCCGGCGCCGCGGGGGACGCCUCGGUUCGGCCGUGACGGGAGCCCGGCGAGGGGCGGGAGGAUGGCAGCGGCGGGCGGGCGGCUCCUGGCGGCAGCCGCGGCUUACUCGGGGCGAGCGGGCUGGGGCGGGCCGCGCCGCAGCCCGGCCGUGCCGCUUGCGCCCUCCCGGAGCGCCACCGUCACCCGCAGCGGCGCCAUUUUGCCCAAGCCGGUUAAGACGCCCUUCGGCCUCCUUAGAGUAUUCAGCGUUGUAAUCCCCUUCCUGUACGUUGGGACUCAGAUCAGUAAGAACUUCGCAGCCCUACUUGAAGAACAUGACAUCUUUGUCCCAGAGGAUGAUGACGACGAUGAUUAAAGGAACCAUAAUGGAAGAACAGAAGGGAGAAAACCAUUGACAAAGCAAUGGUUCCAACAUCUGUCACCUGUGUUUUGUCCUUCCUGAACAGGACAGGGGGCUCUGUAUCCCCUUUGCCAGUCAGCAUCCUGCACAUGUCUGUAUGAUGGAAAUCUGUAGAUCAGGGUUGAAGGAAGUGCUUGAUAGGCUCUAGCAUCCUUGCACCCACACGCUCUCCUCAUCAAAGACUGCUUGGGAUUCCUUUUAUUAGCAAUACGGGAAACACUUAAUUAAAGAUAAAGAGAUUGAGAUGUAUGUAUGACUUUGGUCUCAUCUUCUUAUAGAUGAUGUGCCUAUGUCCUAGCAUUUCUGUCUUAACCUUUCUACCGCCGUACAUCUGUUCCAGUAAGGAGGCGCUCUUCCUAUUUAUUUCCUCCUAUUAGUAAUGAAUUACAGAAAGGACUUGCCUACAGUACAUUUCAGGAAUCCUAGAGGAAGCAGCAGCCCCAUUAAAAGAAUGGAGUGCAUAUUGACACUGGCACUGCAGUUCACAUAACACAGUCUAUCUCAUGGAGACUAUAUCAUUAAUUUCAUCUCACGGAGGAUUAAAUACAGUAUUAUCAUCGCAGAGUUAAAAGUUUUGAGUAGUUUCGGUAGAAGGUUAAGAUCACGAGAGGCAAACUAACUCGCCGAUGUGUUUUAUAGCAUUUAAUCUCUGAACACUCCAGCUCCAAGUACCUAGUAUUUUCUAGGUGGUUCAGUAGUUUCUUCUGUAUAAGCCCUAAUGUAUUUAUUUUCUCAACUGUA